UCCUCCCAUCCAAGUCUGAAUCUCAGGUGUUGAUUCUGAGGGUCUCCACCUUCCUCCAUCAAAACCAGACCAGCAUGCGCACAUUGACCAAUUUAAAUCCUUCCAUGUCCACUGUGCAAUCUACCCCUCUCCUCUACUCGAUUACAAAAUCAACCAAGCAUAGUAACUAUUAUACUCCUUCAAUCACCACAACUGCGAGUUACAGGAACCCUAGACGCUUGCGGACACGCUCGAUACCUCUUGUAGCCGAAACAGCUAUAACUCCUGAUUCCCUGAAGGAGCAACUUUCCUACGCCGCCAAAUCAGUCACUCGCCGCCUUAUUCUACUUCGUCAUGCUAAGAGUUCCUGGGGAGAUUCUUCGCUCAGAGAUCACGACCGGCCUCUGAGUAAAGCUGGACGAGCAGAUGCUGUCAAAGUUUCUCAAAAGCUCCAAGACUUAGGUUGGGUUCCUCAACUCAUUCUGUCUAGUGAUGCAGCGAGAACGAGGGAGACGCUUAAGAUAAUGCAGGAACAUAUGCGAGGGUUGAUGGAAGCUGAGCUGCAUUUCAUUUCAAGUUUUUACUCCAUUGCUGCAAUGGACGGCCAGACUGCCGACCACCUUCAACAAGCUAUCUGUAACUAUUCAAGGGAUGACAUACUCACUGUUAUGUGUAUGGGACAUAACCGAGGAUGGGAGGAGGCUGCCUCUAUGUUCACUGGUGCUUCGGUCGAACUGAAAACUUGCAAUGCUGCUUUGCUUGAAGCCGCUGGGAGCUCCUGGGAAGAGGCGUUUGCUUUGGCAGGACAUGGUGGGUGGAAACUUCAAGGCAUAGUGACACCAAGUACUUGACCUGUAGAGCAACUUUAAAGUUUGAUACCAAGUUAUCUUACUUACUCGCAGCCACUAACAAGACCAAAA